GCCACGGCCGGCAUCCCGCAUGGCCCUGCUACCAUCCUCUCCGCAAGCGAACAACAGGCCAACCCUCUCUCCCCCCCCCCCCCCUGUGUGCCCGUGAUCGCAGAUAAUCCACCGGUUACAGACUUACAGUACGCUCGUGUUCCCUCGUGCGUGCAUGUUCUCCCGCACUCGUAGUCCAAGCAGGGUGACAGGCAGCAGCGUCCAUCUCUCUCUCUCUCUCUCUCUCUCUCUCUCUCUCUCUCUCUCUCUCUCUCUCUCUCUCUCUCUCUCUCUCUCUCUCUCACACACACACACACACACACACACUCACAUUCUCUUGUCUCUUGCACCCCCCGCUUCCUUCUUAAUUGGUCGUUUCUUUCCGCCUUGUGACUUUGUCAGAUCCACUCAACAAUGGCGGCCGCCUCUUCCCCGGCUCACCUUCUUUGUGUUCUCUUGCUUCUGGUCGUCGGCGCUCUAGUCGACGGCAGCGGCGGCCAACACGGGAAGAGCGCCGUGCUCUCUCUGCGGGAGUUGGAGGAAUGGGGUGCCGCGAGGAGGACCCGGAGCAGCCGUGACGCUGACGCAAAGCGUGCUGAAACGCUAGGUAAUUCUGCACUAUCACUAGGUGAGCACAAGAAAGCAGGGGCACCGAGAACAGCGGCCACCGUGCUGGAGCUGAAGCACCACUCCGUCAUGGCAAACCCCGACGACCCCACGGCCCGCGACCGCUACCUCAGUCGUCUCCUCGCUGCCGACGAAGCGCGUGCGAGCUCGCUGCAGCUGCGGAAUAGGGCGGCAGCGUCCACGCAGUCCAGCUCCGGCCAGGCGGUGGCGGCCCAGGUUCCGCUGACCUCCGGCAUCCGCUUCCAGACGCUCAACUACGUCACCACCAUCUCGCUCGGCGGCAGCUCCGGUGCCGCCUCGAACCUCACCGUCAUCGUGGACACCGGCAGCGACCUCACCUGGGUGCAGUGCAAGCCCUGCUCCGCGUGCUACGCGCAGCGCGACCCGCUCUUCGACCCGGCCGGCUCCGCCACCUACGCCGCCGUCCCGUGCAACGCCUCCGCCUGCGCUGCCUCCCUAAAGGCGGCCACCGGCACGCCUGGAUCCUGUGCUAGCAGCGGCGGGAACAGCGAGAAGUGCUACUACGCGCUGGCCUACGGCGACGGGUCGUUCAGCCGCGGCGUGCUCGCCACGGACACGAUCGGCCUCGGCGGCGCUAGCCUCCACGGCUUCGUGUUCGGGUGCGGGCUCAGCAACCGCGGCCUGUUCGGCGGCACGGCGGGACUCAUGGGCCUCGGUCGCACCGAGCUGUCGCUGGUCUCCCAGACGGCGUCCCGGUACGGCGGCGUCUUCUCCUACUGCCUGCCGGCCACCACGUCCGGCAACGCUUCAGGCUCCCUCUCGCUCGGCGGCGACACGACGUCCUACCGUAACACGACGUCCGUGGCCUACACCCGCAUGAUCGCGGACCCGGCGCAGCCGCCGUUCUACUUCCUGAACGUCACCGGCGCGGCCGUCGGCGGGACCCCCGUGGCGGCGCAGGGGCUGGGCGCCAGCAACGUGCUCAUCGACUCCGGCACGGUGAUCACGCGCCUGGCGCCAUCCGUGUACCGCGCCGUGCGCGCCGAGUUCACGCGCCAGUUCGGUGCCGCGGGCUACCCUGCCGCACCGGGGUUCUCCAUCCUCGACACGUGCUACGACCUGACGGGGCACGACGAAGUGAAGGUGCCACUGCUGACACUGCGGCUGGAGGGCGGCGCCGACGUGACCGUGGACGCCGCCGGGAUGCUGUUCGUGGUGAGGAAGGAUGGGUCCCAGGUGUGCCUUGCCAUGGCGAGCCUCUCUUACGAGGACCAGACGCCCAUCAUCGGCAACUACCAGCAGAAGAACAAGAGGGUGGUGUAUGACACGGCGGGGUCAAGGCUAGGCUUUGCUGACGAGGACUGCAGCUAUGUAUAGAACUUGAGGAGGAUAAAAUAUUCAGAGAAAAGGAAGCUGCAAACUUACGAGAUGAGUGAAUGUUCUGUUUCUCAUUAUCUCCAUCUGAUGUUGUAAACUCUGUUCUUGGCAAAUCUUUAUGCUAUUCAAGUAGUUAUUCCAUGCAAUUUCGGUAGAUUUAAGGAUGACACUUUGGAAUAUAUACCUGUGGCUACCCCAUCUAAGUAUGGCACCCGUGUUGUAAUACCAUGAGUUUUGGAAAAUGUAAUAAGAACAGUGUAGUACAAAAAUUAUGACAGGAAGGACGUUGACCGUGCGUUAUUACAAAUGGGCG